ACUGAGGAGGUCGUGAUGGUCGUGAUUUUUACCUCCUAGGAGUUGGUUCUUUAUUCUAUGUCCUAGGUUAUUACGGUGUUGUCAUAAGUUGCGUUGUGGAAGCGCUUGUACAUAGCCUCCUCUCUAUGACAUGUAGCAGGCCGUGAAAUUUUGCUAGAGGGGCGAUUGUAACGUUCUUCGGGGCUCAACUGUUGGAAGCGCGCGAGCAUGGCGGCAAGUGACGACGCUUUUGACCAGUUUGACGAUGACCUCGCAGAAGGGGCCGAAGUACAAGCUGGGGACAGGCGCAAAAGAUUGUUUUCGAAAGAAUUGAGGUGCAUGAUGUACGGGUUCGGAGACGACCAAAAUCCGUACACGGAGUCUGUGGACCUCCUGGAAGACCUUGUCAUCGAAUUCAUUAUUGAAAUGACACACAAAGCAAUGGAGAUUGGGCGGACAGGCCGUGUUCAGGUGGAGGACAUAGUGUUCCUAGUGCGUAAGGACCCUAGAAAAUAUGCGCGUGUUAAGGACCUCCUAACUAUGAAUGAGGAGCUGAAGAAGGCUAGAAAAGCAUUCGAUGAAGUCAAGUAUGCAUCAGUGUAGCCUUCUUUCAUUCUUCUGUUUGGUCAUUGUACCAACUGAUGUGUGCUAACAUGGGAAAAAAAAGGUACAUUCCAAUAUCACUUGUGUAUUGGGACAUCGUAAAGUUUUCUAUGUGAACACAAAAGCAAGCUUGAAAAAGUCAUAGUAUGUGCACCUGUGUAAUACAUGUACGCUUUCAUAUAUACACUUUUUCGGACACUUUCAAAGUGUCCAGCGAAAUACAUUGGCAUUCCUGAUGCAGUCCUGAGAAUUCGUUCUAAGUGGAUAUGCCUUGCGAACUUACUAGCUACAAGUCGUAGAUCAAAAUAUGUGCCAUUAAAUAAAUAAUUGAAAACAUAAUUGCCAUAAUUAUGGUAAUUAUUAAAUUAAGCUUUUUGAUUUCUCACAGAAGUAGUGGCCACCUCAUCAAGUAAUUUAGAUCAAGGGUUAGAAUUGUGCUAUUGGGCACAGGUAAUUUUUUUAAAACUUUGGUGCAGCUAGAAAGAAGUGUGUGUGUGUGUGUGCAUAUAUAUAUAUAUCACAUAACUCGCAUGAAUGUGGAUUCUUACUGUUUGCAGUCACGGCUUUCAUUAACAAGUCACAAAAGUCUAAAUAAAUUGAUAGAUCAUUGUUUUAAAAUGACAAAUGUGCCACUAAUGUUGAGAGCACAACUUCUGUAAGUGUUAAAUCUACAUAAAAGAGCACUGAUGGUGCUACUAAAAGUGUGGAAUCAUCUGCUGCUGAUGCAUAUUAUCCUGAUGAAAAUUUGUGAUGUAAUAAAUGAAGUAAUAAAAUCGAAUUUCAUUGCAUUUGAA